AUGGUUACUCCUACUGAAUCAGUGGAUGUCACCAGCUCUUCCAAUGCAGUCACUGCUAUUUCUCUGGAUAACAGCAGCCUUUAUUUUCUUCAUCCUUCUGACUCACCAGGCAUGAAUCUGAUAAAUUUUGUCUUUGAUGGACAUGGUUAUGGAGGGUGGAGAAGGUCUAUCUUAAUAGCUUUAUCAGCUAAGCACAAACUAGGGUUCAUAGAUGGUUCUUAUGCUCCUCCUACUAGUGAUUCUCCUAACUUCCACCUUUGGACCAGAUACAAUGAUAUGGUCACUUCUUGGUUGCUGAAUUCCCUCUCUAAAGAGAUUGUUGGGAGUGUGAUUUACUCCAAAUCAGCACGACACCUCUGGAAUGACCUUGCUGACAGGUUUGGCCAAGCUAAUGGAGCUCAGCUCUUUCAUCUUCAAAAGGGUUUGGCAGACUCAGUCCAAGGUAAUUCUGAUAUAGCUGGGUAUUUCACAAAGAUUAAGAAGAUUUGGGAUGAGCUUGAUGCAACCUCCACAUAG